CGGGAAGCGGACUGUUUGGAUUACAGUUAGAGAGCUGGCGGUAGCAGAACCGCGGAGGUCGCUGAGGGGAACAAUUUACAGACAGCCAUAGAAAUGGAAGUGACACCCCGCCGAGGUGGCAGGUAUGAAGCUUCUCUAUCGCAGGCUUCGUCCCUGUCUUCUGGCGACACUCCGAAGCCGGUAGACACGACCCCUCUGCCUCCGAUUAACGAGCGAUUGGCGUAUCUGCGCCCGUCUCGGGAGUUGCUGGAGUAUUACCGGAAGAAGAUUGCGGAGUUUGAUGAGGAACACGAGGAUCUGGUGAAGAGGCUGGAACAAUACAAAGCUACGUACGAAGAGCAGCAUAAACUGCAGUGGGAAAUGCGUCAGCGAGAAGAAGAGAUCGCAGAAUUGCAGAAGGCGCUAAGCGACAUGCAGGUUUUCCUCUUCCAGGAAAGAGAGCAAGUUCUGCGUUUGUACUCUGAGAACGACCGGCUUAAAAUCAGGGAGCUGGAGGACAGAAAGAAGAUACAAAAACUCCUGGCUCUUGUUGGGACCAGCAAUGGCGAAAUAACCUACUUCCAUAAGGAGCCCCCAAACAAGGUCACCAUACCCCAGAGAGCAAUCCAGUCAGGAGACCCACAUGAGCGGAGAGAGAAGUGUACAGCACGGCUAGGUGGUAAACGAGUGUCGUUGAAAUCUGCGGGGAAAGGUCAUGUGGCCGAUGUUCCAGACAAGGCUGAUGAGCAAACACUGUUGCUUCAGAUAGAGGCCCUGCAGGCCCAGCUAGAGGAGCAGACACGUCUCUCCAAAGAGCAAGUAGAGUCUUUGUUGGACGACAGAAGGAUUCGCAUGGAAGAGGCACAAGUGCAGCACCAGAGGGACGAGGACAAAGUCAAACAAUUAACCGAAAAAUUGAACAAAACCCAGAAGCUGCUGUAUGAGAGCACAAGGGACUUCUUGCAGCUGAAAUUCGAGAGUCGUGCUAAUGAGAAAUCUUGGAUGGCGGAGAAAGACCGUCUUCUGAGGGAGCUCGACCGCUGCAGAGAGCAGCUGACCUCGGCUCAUGACCCCGAGCGAGACAGAGAACAUGAAUUGCAAGUUCUACGGCUUUCUAAGGCUGAAAGAGCUGCUAGGACGUCACGCAGCGAAGAGGUCAAGGCCCUAUCAGAGCAGCUCGCCCAGGCUCACCGUCUUUCUGAUAUGUACCGAGAGCAAUGUGUGUCAUUGGAAGAUGAGCUAGCAAAGAUCCGGGAGGAAGGAGAUGUGGGGCAAGAAAUAUUCAAGGAACGCUCCGAAAAAAUGGCUAAGCGUCUGCAGCUUAUGACCAAGCGCUACGAAGCUCUGGAGAAGAGGCGCAACAUGGAGGUGGAGGGUUUUAAGAAUGACAUCAAACUACUGAGGCAGAGACUAAAAGAUGUAGAGAAGCAACUGUUCAAGGUGACAUUGAACAUCGGCCCUGAUCAGGACCUCGCCAUCCUAAACGCUGUGCGACAGGGGAACAAACGGACGCGCAACAUCCAAGGGGAGCUGCGUAGCCUGAAAGCCAAAAUCUACGGCCUGGAGAAUGAGCUCAGGAUAGGAUGAUGACGCAGUCCUCAACACGGGCCAUGUGAAUGAGGUGCCUGCUCCCUGAUCUCUGAUUUAAAGGGCAUCUGUCUGAAUAGGCUAAAGGACGCAUUUGCAGAACUUUUUCAUUUUUAUCAUCUUUCUUUUAUGGAAAAUUGUAUGGAAAUUUUUUCAACCAAAAAUAA